AUGGGAACAUUCAGACUUUACUCUGGCGAUGACGGCCAGUCCCACAUUGAGACCAUUGACUUGGACCAGACGCCUGAUUGGAAGAGCGCCCAGGCGACCACCACCAUCAGCUUCAGUGAAGCCCCGGCCGGUCGCUACUCCGACUGGCACACGGCGCCACGCCGCCAGUUUGUCGUCAUCCUGUCCGGGCAACUGGAGAUCGGCCUGGGCGACGGCUCCAAGCACGUCUUCGGCCCCGGCGACGCCCGCCUGGUGGAGGAUACCACCGGCAAGGCCACACAACUGCUACACACGGCGACCAGGCCUGCGUCACCUGCACCAUCCCCUUGGCCAACCAGUAACCAACGCUGA